UCAUCAUACGGCGCGUCACGAACGUCUCACCGAUUUGUGCUGCGGGAAUUUACGUUGUUUCUACUGGUAUUGAAUAAGUUUAGACUACGAGCACCAGAAGAACAGUGCUGUGUUAUUUUCUAUUACUGUAUGUCGAAAGUGAAAUUUUAAUAUAACACCAGGGCCAUCGGAGUAUCCUUUACUGGAAGAUAAAUCCGAACGCGAAACACGUGUGUGUUAGAAGUCUCUUUCGGAUCGAACCAAUAUACGCCGGGAUGUCGUGCUUCAGCGGAGAUCCGAACUUCUGCGCAGAAUGCGGGACUAUUCUGCCUCUACCCGGGCUGCAGGACACCGUCACUUGUCCUCGCUGUCAUUUUAGUGUCUCCGUUCGCGAAUUUGCAGGUAGAGUGAUUACCUCUUCUGUGGUGUUCAAUUCUUUGAAAUCCUCUACUGUCACCAUGGAAACUGAGGAGGAGUCGUCAGAACUCAAGGGACCAGUGAUCGACAAGCGCUGCUCUCGCUGCAAUAAGGAAGGGAUGGUGUAUCACACGAGACAGAUGAGGUCUGCAGACGAAGGACAGACUGUCUUCUACACGUGCAUACACUGCAGGUAUCAAGAGAAAGAAGAUUCUUGAGGAAAAGGAGCAGAAUGGCUUUCAUUCCCAGGCUGCGUUCCUCUUGUUUGGGGUCAGAAAAACUGUCGUGAGCUCACAGAGCUUCUGCUGCAAUAACCACAGCCUAAGAGGAGUGGAUUUAUACUAACACAUUACACACUUGCUGCAUAUUUACUAUGUAUCAUAUGCACUGUUCUCUCAUAACAUGGUUUUAGGACUGCAUAAUUAGUGAUUUUGUCAUAGAGGUGCUGUGACAUGAAGCUUCAAGUGGUCUGCAAUGAAGAGAAAAAUGUGACGUAACUGCAUGACGUUGUGUAAAAGACUGCAAUAAUGGUAAGGAGCCUGGACCUGGGGGGAGGAGCCUGAGGGUGCAGCUGUUCUGUCAGCCAAUCAGAGCAUUCAAGUGGAAGGAAUCUCAAACAAGAGUAUGCUUGUGUUUUUGUGAGAAUUGCUUCACUUAUGUUCAUUUUUUGAGUUGUGUUUUCCUAUGUAAGUCUUCUGUAUUAAAGUCUGUUUUCCAA